UUCUUUGGUAUUUUCGUACCCGGGUGGCCCCGAAGGUGGAGGGCAGCGCUCGUGGUCUGGUUUUCAUGGGGGCCCUCGGAUUUUCGGCUUGGGUUGUGAAGACCUGGGCCGUGUGGCCAAUGUUGCUAUCCCUGCACCCUAUCCCUGUUUCGUUCUUUCGCAAAGCCAUUGUCGUUGGGCUUUUCGAAAGCGUUCUAUUUUUGGGCUUUAAGUCGUAUUCUAUUUUGGACUUCUAAACGUGCUCGCUGUUUUGCUUUCUAUUUUUCUGCGGGAUUCGCG